AAUUCUAAAAUAACAAAUGAGUAAAAUAUUAAAUAUGUUAGCGCCUGUAAUGGCAUUAAUCCCUGAAGUAGAGAAUCCCAUGAAAAAGGUUCUUCCUUUCAGAAGUAGAGCUAUGUGGACAAUUAUAGUAAUUUUAAUUUACCUAGUAGCUUGCCAAGUUCCUUUAUAUGGGGUCGUAUCUAAUUCUUCGUCAGAUCCUUUUUAUUGGUUAAGAGUAAUUUUGGCUUCAAACAGAGGUACUAUUAUGGAAUUGGGAAUAUCUCCAAUUGUAACAGCUGGUAUGGUAAUGUAAUUAUUAGUAGGAACUAAAAUAAUUGAAAUUGAUUAGAAUGUAAAAUCAGAUAAAGCCUUAUUUGAAGGAGCUUAAAAACUUUUGGGUUUAAUUAUUGCUUUUUGUGAAGCCGCAGCCUAUGUAUGGAGUGGAAUGUAUGGAGACAUAGAAAAAGUAGGUAGUGGAAAUGCUAUAUUAAUAGUGUUAUAAUUAACUUUUGCAGGAGUAAUUGUAUUAAUGCUUGAUGAUUUACUAUCAAAAGGACAUGGAUUAGGAAACUCUGCUAUAUCUUUAUUCAUAGCUAUAAAUAUAUGUGAGACUCUAUUAUGGAAAUCAUUUUCUCCAAUUACCUAUCCUUCUGAAAGUGGAGAUUAAUAUGAAGGUGCAAUAAUAAAUUUAUUCCACGGCUUAAUAUUCAUGCCAAAUAAAUUACAUGCAUUACAAAAUGCAUUUUAUAGAUAAGGGCUCCCUAACAUAAGUAACUUAAUAUCAACAGCAGUAAUAUUUUUAGUUGUGAUUUAUUUCUAAGGAUUUAAAGUUGAUAUUUCUAUAAAAAACAGCAGAGUAGCAGGACAAAUAUAAUCAUACCCAAUAAAAUUGUUCUAUACUUCAAAUAUGCCUAUUAUUCUUUAAACUGCACUUGUUUCAAAUUUAUACUUCUUCUCUUAAAUGCUUUAUAAACAAUUUUCUGGAAACUUUCUUAUUGGAUUAUUAGGAAGAUGGUAAUAAGUCGAAGCUGGUGGUAAUCACUUCGUACCUACUGGAGGUCUUGUUUAUUAUCUUUCACCUCCUCGAGGACUUUAUGAAACUAUUAGUGAUCCUUUACAUACUAUUCUUUAUGUUGCAUUUGUACUUACUACUUGUGCUAUAUUUUCUAAAACAUGGAUUGAAGUCUCUGGAUCUUCUGUUAGAGAUGUUGCUAAAUAGUUAAAAGAAUAAGGUAUGAGUCUUAUUGGUUCUAGAGAUAUAGGACUUAAAAAGCAUCUAGCAAGAUAUAUUCCUAUUGCUGCUACUUUUGGUGGUAUGUGUGUAGGAGCAUUAACUAUCGUUGCCGAUUUUAUGGGAGUUAUUGGAUCAGGUACAGGUAUAUUACUUGCUGUUAAUAUUGUUUAUGGAUACUUUGAAUAAUUUAAAAAAGAAAAGGAAUAAGGAACAUUAGAAUUUUGAAGGCUAUAAGCUAUUAUCUUAUUUGUUUUUUAUAUUUAAUAUUUAAAUGAAAAAAAAAAAAAUUAAUUUGAAAAAAAUAUUUGUUUUUUCAUUUUUUAUGAUUUAUUUAUUUUAAAUGUUUAAAAUAUUUUAGAUUUUAUGUAUU